GCUCAAGUUCAGUGCGUUGGUCUCUGGCCCGCACGGACGCUUCUUAUUGGUAGGUGGCGACAGUUACAUCACGCCGCUCAUGACGCACACGUCUUCCUGUUUCCUUCUGUUGCGUCUUAAAGUGAAUCUUAGUGGCGGAGGAGCGCUCCAGCAUCCAGUCCUCUGCAUCCAGUGCGCCUCGGAGACGCACGCACGCACAGCCUCUCUCUCUCCUCCGUACUUUGUCUAUGCGCCUCACUCUUUCGGCCACAACAGAGGGGAGAAGGAGAGACUGGCGCGCUGCAGGAGCUCUUUUCGUCUUCUAUUUUUCCCCUGUUUUUCUCCUUUUUCCCGUGUCGCUCACUUUAUCACAGCUCCUCCUUCUCUGAGAAACCAGCUCCAGCAAAGUCCCAUCCAGCAUUCCGCGUGUACUCUCUCUUUUUUUUCUUUUUUUUUUAGUUUUUGUUGCCCUUGUAGGAGUUCAGGUGGUCCCCCUCUCCAUCUAAAGGAUACAGAGAGGCUUUGACCCUAGAGGACUGGGUUUGUGGGAUAUGGCCCAAUAGCAGCAGCCCCCGUGAUGCCGGACCAUGACAGCGACUCCCUCCUGAACAGACAGACCAAGCGAAGACGUGUGGACAUUGGUGUUAAGAGGACCGUGGGCAGCACAGCCUCCUCCACAGUAGCAGCAGCAGCAGCAACUACUGAUAACAUUGCUCGCGCCAAAGCAGCCAUUAUCAGUGCCAUGAACUCUCUGAGCUCCCAUUCUCAUCACGGAUCAGACAACGACUCCAUGGAGUGUUCUGUAGUGCAGCCACAUGGUGGGCCUGGUGUUAUAUCAGCCAGCGACAGUGAGUCCAAGUCAAACGUACUCCGAAAGCUGCUGAAGAGGGCCAACUCGUACGAGGACACCAUGAUGCCCUUCCCUGGCACCACCAUUAUCUCUCAGCUUCUCAAGAAUAACAUCGCUAAAAAUGGAGGAGGACCUGAGAGGGGAGAGAGAGGAGACAGGGGCGACAGAGGGGAAACAGGCUUCCCUGGAUCAGGGCUGUCCAGUACAAAUUCAGAUGCCCCACACGAGGAUGCCUGCAGUAACUCCUCUCAGGACAGCACCCCUCAAGAGUGCCUGUCACCCUUUGGCCGCCCUCCUGGCCUCGCCACCUUUGACAUCGAACGGCUCAACGAUGAACACCUGCGUGCCAAACGAGCCCGCGUAGAGAACAUUAUUCGUGGUAUGAGCCACUCACCGAGUGUGGUGGUGCCUGCCGCUUCCCGCCAUGACCGUGACCAUGACAUGGACGGAGAGCGGGAGAUGGACCUCGACUGUCCACCUCCUCAGUCUCAACAACAGGCCCCCAGCAGCCCACGGGGAGGCGAGGUGUGCAGCAGCAGCCGCGAGAACAAGCGUAAGCAGCGGUUGCCGCAGCAGCAGCAGCAGAGCUUCACCCAGCUGGUUUGCCAGAGAAAGGAACAGAAACAGGAGGAGCGAAGGCAACUUAAGCUGCAGCUCGAGGACAUGCAGAAACAGCUACGGCAGCUGCAGGAGAAGUUCUUUCAGAUCUAUGAUUCAACGGAUGACUCAGAACACAAUGACCUCCACAAUGACAUAGGAAACAUGUCAGAGGACAGCCCAGCCAGGUCUGACACCGGAGGCGAAGACCGGGGUGGAGAUGACAUGCGCUCUGACAAUGAGAUGUCUGAUAUGGACCCAGGCCAUUUCCUAGACAGGGCGCGGGCUUUGCUUCAGGAACAGGCCCUUCUGGCUGACAGGGACAAGCCAAGAAGAGAGGGGCUUGGCCGAAGCAAAGGACAGGGAGGUCCAGGGUCUUCCAUGCACGCUGAAGGCAAACAGCUGGCAGAAACACUGAAGCAGGAACUCAAUUCAGCUAUGACCCAGGUUGUAGACACAGUGGUUAAGGUGUUUGCCAAGCCUCCACGCCCGACUCCUCAGCAGGCCUUCCCUCCACUUUCUAUACCCCCUGAAAGAUUUCCCACUGCUGUCAACGGAGACAACCCAAACUUCCACACCACCAACCAAAGGCUGCAAUGUUUUGCCGAUGUCAUCAUUCCUAAUUCACUUGACUCCUUCGCCAGCAUGCCUGGGAUCCCUGGCACUACUAACGACCAAACAGAGGCUCUGCCCUUAGUAGUGAGGAAGACACCCAGUGAUCACCACCACCACCACCACCAGUCUUCAGCUGUGGGUGCCCACGGAGGUCACCACCACCCUGCCCUUCACCCUUCCUCACUCUCUGCCCCCUUGGGCUUCAGCCCUCCAUCCUUUAGACACCCUUUUCCUCUCCCACUAAUGGGCUACCCUUUCCAGACUCCCCUUGGCGGGCCCACAGGUUACCCUGGCAAGGACCGUUCCUCACCAGACUCCAUGGACUUGUCCCGGGAGACCACCAGCCUGAGGACCAAGAUGGCAUCAGGUCACCACCUUGGACACCACCAUCGCUCUUGUUCACCAGCACACCCUGGCAGCACGGCCGAGGGGCUCUCCUUGUCCCUAAUCAAGUCCGAAUGCGGUGAUCUCCAGGACAUGGCUGACAUCUCACCUUACUCAGGCAGCAAUAUCCAAGAGGGUCUCUCUCCCAAUCAUCUGAAGAAGGCGAAGCUCAUGUUUUUCUACACCCGCUACCCAAGCUCGAACAUGCUCAAGAUGUUUUUCUCUGAUGUCAAGUUUAAUCGCUGCAUAACCUCCCAGCUGAUCAAGUGGUUCAGCAACUUCAGGGAGUUCUACUACAUCCAGAUGGAGAAGUUCGCCCGCCAGUCCAUCAACGACGGAGUCACCGCCGCGGAGGAGAUGAGCGUCAGCCGGGACUGCGAGCUCUUCCGCGCCCUCAACAUGCACUACAACAAGGCCAACGACUUCGAGGUCCCCGAUCGCUUCCUGGAGGUGGCAGAGGUCACACUGAGAGAGUUCUUCAAUGCCAUCGUGGCCGGCAAAGACGUGGACCCGUCCUGGAAGAAGGCCAUCUACAAGGUCAUCUGCAAACUGGACAGCGAAGUCCCCGAGAUCUUCAAGUCCCCUAACUGUCUCCAAGAGCUUCUACAUGAGUAAAGUUUUCCUCCCUGCUCAACCUCUGCGCUUUUUUUUCUUUUUUUGUUUAUUUGUUUUCUUUGAUUUCAUAGAAUUUCAAAAUAAUCUAUUUUUUUUUUCUUUUCUCUGACUUAACUUUUGAUUUCCUGAUUUUUUUUCCCUCCUUUUUUUUCAUUUUGAAUGUAAGAAAGUUAUGGAGUAGCAUUCCCUAUCUGAAGCCUUGGUGGCAUUUCCUAAAUGACCUAGCUAUUGUGUUGUUGUUCUUAUAUUAUUAUGGUUAUUACACUAUAUGUUUGUUUUUCUAUGAUUCUAAAUUGAAGAGACUCUAAUUUUCGAGGAGUUUUUUGGAGCGUGUGAACCCUCAAAUGUUCUGCCUGUUUUAUGAUCAACGCUACCUGAAUGUGUGGAGGGAGUUCCCAUUUCCUCGACAGCGAACAGGCAAGGUUCUCAGAAGACUGCACACGUGGGCGCCCCUGGGUUCUCCUCUGUUCCUGGGGGGGUCCCAAUGAACUGUCCCUGCUAGGCACGACGUGGAUGCCCAAUAGACUGUGCUAUAGAGAAAUGUCCAAAACAGGACAGACACACACAUGCACAUGCACACGGAAACAAGGCCUAGUGAGGUUACUGACUAAACUAAACUAAAAGUGGACUUGUGGUACUGGUCUGCACUGGUCUGUGGGACUCGGACCAGUUUCAAAUAGCUACUGAGCUCUGCCAUUUUUUUUCCUUUUUUUUUUCUUUUUUUGAAGUGUGUUUUACCUGGAAGUAGGACAUUGUGUUUAUUGGGUGUACACUAUUAUUUUGAUUACUACUCUUAUUGUUGUUGUUUCUGAUUAUUAUUUGUCAUUACUGCUUGCUGAAGAUUGGCACUUCAAGAUUUGUUUUUGUCCCUUGAUGCCGUUGCAGAAAAAAAAUAAAUUAUUGCUAUUAAGAUUAUUCAAAAAGA